CAACCAAUAAUUUAAAAAAGAAAAGAAAAUGCCCUAAUAAGUCAUCAAGGUAAAUAAAGAGUCUUCGUACCUUCUCAUCUUCUUUUGCCUUUCUCUUUCAUUUCAAAGCUGCCACUCUCUGAUCGCUUCCGUGCAGUGCGCUCGAUGGCAAACCGGUGGUUGAGGCUUGAGGUGUAUCCGCUGUUCGCGGCCGUUGGUGUUGCUGUGGGGAUCUGCGGUUUCCAGUUGGUGCGCAAUAUCUGCUUCAACCCUGAAGUCAGGGUAAGCAAGGAGAACAGGGCAGCUGGGGUUUUGGAGAACUUUUCUGAGGGAGAAAAGUAUGCUGAACAUUUUCUAAGAAAAUAUGUCCGCAACAGGGCACCUGAAAUCAUGCCCAGUGUCAACAGCUUCUUCACUGAGCCAAAAUGAGGAGCCUUCACUUUGCUUUAUGCUGAAAGGUUUCAAUACCAAGUGAAUCUAUUUGGUUAUUGUAAUUCAAAGUUUGUGUUGAUUUUGGUUAGUUGAUGUGGUUUUAAAGGUAAUAAGCUCUGUGAAAAUUUCAAACUCCUUCUAGUUUCAGCUAAUAUGAAUGACUGUAUUUGCAAUA